AAGGAUAAGAUCAAAGAAACUUUGAAAAAUGAAAAGAAUAUACAAAGGGUCCCUCCCACUAGCCACUACCACCACCACAAUAAAGAUAGCUUCUGAACGAGUUUGAAGGAAUAUACAGAUUAAUAUUGUGUUUGGAUUAAACCAACUUUCGGAAUUUAAUCAGAUGGGUUCUCUUAUGUCCGGAUGGGACUCACCCAUUUUCGCAUCAAAAUCAGGUAAUAACAAUUAUAAGCGAAAUAAGUCACUUACCAAAGAGGAGAUUGAAGCUUAUUGGAGAUUAAAGCAGAAAACAGUUGAAGAACAUCUUCAACACAUUACUAGCCUCUCAGACACCAACAAACAAGAUCAGGAAAUUAGUAAAGUUGAUGAUGAGGAGAAAUACUGUGGUAAAAUGUAUCAGAGAUCAAGAUCUUUACCUCUAGACAAUAGAAAGGAGAGUGGUGAUGAGACAAGCAUUGAAAAUCUUAUCAAGAAAAACGGCUGGUGGACUAAGAGUAACUGGGCCUUCCUUAAUGAGCCACCCAUAGCUGAAGCUGCUUCCAACACCUAUGUAUCACAGUUCCAUGUGGCUAGUUUGGCUCCCUCUAAAUCACAGUCUCGUCAUGGAAUCGCAACUAACUAAUUAAAGACUUCUCCAUCCUCAUCAAUAUUAUUCCUAAUAAUCCUCUGUACAUACAUAUAAUUAUAUUUAUUAUAUGGUCGAUAAAUGUCGGUGUGGAGCUCUAAGCUACGGAAACUUAUUAAUAAUUAUAUAUAUAUAUAUGUGUGUAUAUAUAUUUGGGUGUUGUUUUACAAAGAGUGUGAUUGAAUUAGUAUGAUGUAAAUAUGUGUUCCGAAUAAUAUUCGUGAUUAAUUAUGCUACGA